CAUUCGGCAUAAUAUGACAUGGAUGUAUAGAAUGAGAGACAGUAUAUAUUUAUUAUAUUUAUAUUUUAAUCAUCUGUUUCAUGACGCUGACAGAAGUUAAAAAUUAAUAUGCUUCUCUGACCAUUAUUUUCUAUAAAAUAAAUAAAAGAGCUCAACAUGGGACCUAUAAAGCUCGACCAGGUUCAUUUAUGGACAAUUGAUGAUGUGAAGGAGUGGCUAGAAGAAAAUGGAUUUCAUAAUUAUGUGCAUCUUUUAUGUUACAGACAUCGUAUUGAUGGAAAAGCCUUGUUAACUUUAUCUGAGAAUGAUUUGAAAUCACCACCCUUAUCUAUACAAGUAUUAGGAGAUAUAAAACGAUUAGCCAUAUCUGUUCAUGAGUUGCAAAUGCUAAAUCCUGUUGUUGUUUCUCAGUGGAGAUCUUCAAUUGAUGAUACGUCAUAUCGUAAUAGCAAUAAUAGCACUAAAUUGCGUCGACGUCGACAUAGAAGAGAGGCGAGUGAUUCGUCGGAAUUAAACACCUUUGAUAGUGAAUUGAGUGAAGAUGAAGGAAACCAUUCAUAUGGAUCCCAAAAACAGCAGCCAUCCUUGGUGAUAUCUAUGGAGCUUAAGCCAGAGGUAUGGAAGACUGCAGUGGGCAUGGUUUAUUUUUUUAGUGUUACUUGGAUUACUGCUAUUGUGAUGGUGAUAGUUCAUGAUCGAGUUCCGGAUAUGCAAACAUAUCCCCCCCUUCCUGAUAUUUUUUUGGACAACAUUCCAUAUAUGCCUUGGGCGUUUAGCAUGUGUGAACUUACUGGUAUCAUUCUUUUCUUAAUAUGGAUGGCUAUACUCUUCUUUCACAAACACAGGUUUAUUCUUUUAAGAAGAAUGUUUUCUUUGUUUGGAUCUGUAUUUCUUCUUCGAUGCAUUACAAUGAUGAUUACUUCACUUUCUGUUCCUGGAAAACAUUUGGAAUGCAAAGCCAGGCCAUAUGGGGAAUGGCGAGAUAAAAUUCGUACUGCUUUUCUCAUUUGGCUAGGAGGUGGAAUGUCUAUUCAGGGUGUUAGAACAUGUGGAGAUUAUAUGUUUAGUGGGCAUACUGUGGCACUUACACUACUCAAUUUUUUUAUCACCGAGUAUACACCUAGAAGCAUGUAUUAUCUGCAUACAUUUACAUGGGUACUGAACAUAUUUGGUAUAUUUUUCAUCUUGGCUGGACAUGAGCACUACUCCAUUGAUAUUUUCAUAGCAUUUUACAUUUCCACUCGUCUUUUCCUCUAUUACCAUGCUUUGGCAAAUAAUAGGGCAUUUGUGCGUGAUGACAGAAGAAGAACUAGAAUUUGGUUUCCACUUUUUUACUUUUUUGAAUCAGGUGUUGAUGGUCCUGUGCCAAAUGAGUACGAAUGGCCUGUAAGCAUUCCAGAGAAAGUACAGCGCCUUGUUUCUCAAUUUUUCGUCUAGUAUUACUGGAAUUUUUUUCCCUUGAAUUUUUUUUAUAGUAUACGUUAUAAAAUUGAUUAAUUUAAUAUGUUUUUUUAAAUUUAUGUUAAUGUUUAGUACAUAUUCUCUGAUAGCAAAUCUCUGAAUAAUCUUUUAGCAAAUGGUUGGAAGAAUAAAAAUGAAAUUAUUUUUUAUGCCAUGAGUCAUAUAUAUUUGAUUCAGGCUUAAUGGAAAUAAGUCAUUACUAUGCAUUAUAUAUUUGGUUUGGAUUAUUAUUUAGCAAUAAGAUUUCUGCAUGAAUGAUUCUAUUUUUGUCUUAUUUGUUGAUUGUAUGUGGUUAUUUAAAAAUUUAUUGUUAUUUAGUGAUAAAAAACAAAGGGUAUUUCUUUUAAAUUGUCUACUGUGUAUAAUUUAUUGUAUUUAUUCAUUGAAUAAAUCUGUUGGGUUGAUAUAUUAUGCAAAACAAAGUUCUUGUUAUGUGUUUUGUAAUCUAAAAGGAAUUUAAUGAAAAAUAUUUGCAUAUUAUUGAUAUAAAUCUUUCUUUAAAAGCUUGUGGUGUUAAACCUUGUAUUUUGAAAGCUGUUUUAACAUUACAUGCCAGUUGGAUAGAAUAUAAAGUACUUAAAAAUACAGUGACAUGAAAUCUUUUUCUUUUUAAAUUUGGUUCUGGAUUCUUGUUUUUGAUUUUCUGUAUCUUGAAUUAUUAUUUGAUUGAUACAGUAUGUUUACAAUGAUGAAUUUUUAGUUUUAUUUUACUGCCUGAUACAUGAAACUUAAUUCCAUUUUAUGUGAUGAAGCUUGUAGAUAUUUAACUCAACAGAGACUGUCUUUCAUUAAGUAUAUUUAGAUUCUUUUGCCCAUAAAAAUUUCUAUUUGGAAUAUGUAAUACUUCUUGCAUUCUGUUCAGACUUUUUUUUUCUCUUUAUUUAGAUUUCAUAGCAUAAAAUAUAGAAAAUUUAAAAAUAUAUUUAAAGGUUAUUCCUUCUCUUUGUUUUUAUUUUUUAAAAAAGCCAAUGUUUAAAGGUCUCAGCCAAAAAAUAGCACAAAAUUACUCCAUGUCAUUAACAACUUCUAAAAUUUUUAUUACAUAAUUGUACAAAAUUAUACAUAUUAAUAUUUCUCAAAUUAUGGCAUGAAAAUGUUUUGUGCAGAUCCCAAAUGUUUUGCUGCAAGAACAUUAAAAAAAAAAAAUCAGAUUGUUUGUAAAAACUUAUAGGCAUUAAGUGGUUAGUUAAUUUAUUAAUUGUCUUUUUUUUCCCUCCCUCUUCAUUAGACAUUUAUUUAACUUAUUUAUUUUUGUACAUCUGAUGAUUGCUCUAAAACUUAUAAUGCUUUUUUUCCUUAAAAGUUUAACAUAUGUGUGCAAUAUAAAUGCACUUAUCAGUAGUAGAAUAGCUGAUAUUUCUCUUUGAGAUACAAGGUACACAUUUUUCUUCAUGCAUGCUAUUGAGAACAAUGUUCUUUAUUACAUUUGCUAAAAUGUGUAAUACUUUCUCUGAGAAUAUAUAUCUCAUUUAGUGAAAUAAAUACUUUGUGAUGAUUAUAAAAUUACUUUUUAAUAUAUAUUUUUAACAAAUAUUUGCUUCUCUAUAUGAGAUAAAAACUGAUGUGUCAAAUUAUGUUUUCAGUUUACUAUAAAGCUGCAUUUAAACUUCAUAUAUAUGGGUUUGAUCAUCUGUGAUAAUGUUGUUUAUGUAAAACCAGUUGAUGAAUAACUUGCAUGCAUUCUCAUCUACAUAUCUAAUUAAGGUUGUGAAAUUCACCAUUUAUCAUGUGCAUGCAUGUUACAAUGAGAGUAAUGCAUUCUUUCACCAAAAAUGUGUUAUUUACUAAAUGUGAUUUUAUUUAAGCAUUGUUGAUGUAUGCAAUUUUGUCUGAAUUUGAAGUUAUGAGUUAAAGGGGGAUAUAUACUUUUUUUAAAAAUCAAGUAUAAGGACAAUAGUCAUUAAAAUAAUAAAGCUUUUUUGAAUUCUUUUUAUUUCCAAAGGAUUGAAAAAAAUAAUAAAUGAGAUUUGUUUAAGAAAAGAUUUGUGUAUUAGUAUGAAAUUUCACUUUAUAAUUGUUAAUGCACAAUCCAACUUAUAAAAAAAUAUGAUCAGCAUGUAGUACUUAGAAAUAAUAAAUGAAUAUAGUCAAGGAAUGUUUUAUGGACAAAAUUAGUAGCAUGGUAAUAGAUUUCCAUUUAUUAAAAUUUUACUUUUAAGCGAUAAAUGUAUCAUGCCCUUUGUUGAUAAAAUAUCAUUGUAACACAUUUUACAAAAACAGAUUUUAAUAUAUUGGUGCAGUAUAAAGUAAAGAUUUUAAUUACAUAGUUAUUAGUCAUUUUCCCCUGAGCUCAUAAAGUUAUUUUACAAUGGAGAUAAUUGGGUAGAAAAGAAUAUUAAUUAUGAAACUCUUCAUAAAUAUGAAAUAUCUCUUUGCUUGUUAUGCAAUGCUUUUUGUCGUAUAUCAUUCUAAAAUAUAUUUAAUUGAAGUGAUUCAUGUACAAGUUCAUAUGAGGAAUUUAUUGCAUUUUAGUUAAUAUAAUAUUCAAAUAAAUUUAAUUACUUCAAGAGUGAUAAUAAUAACUCUAGUCAGAUAAUAAAUGGGUACUUAGAAGUGAGCUUUAGCUGCACAAAACAAGAAUUUAUGCAUUCUUUAUAUAAAGUUAAUUAUUGUUAUAAAAGGGAGUUAUUUUUAAUAUUUUAUAUUUAAAGGCUUCUUCAAGCAAAUCCUUUAACUCAUGAUAAUUUUUAUUUACUUUUUCACCCCUUGCUUAUUUUAUGUAUUUUAAACUUAUAUGAAAUAGCUGACAGAUAAACAUUUCUUUUUGGAAUGAAAAAAACUCUUAGAAAUUAGUCAUUGCUGAU